AGAAGCAGAGGGAGCCUCAGCGAAGUUUCUUCCUCCUCCUCCUCCUCCUCCUCCGGGUCCCAUGCGGCGGGAGCAUCAGAGCCAUCAUGGCCAAGGCAGAGGAGGAGGAGGAGGAGGAGCGGGGCUCUGGGCCACUCUGGCCCUCCUGCACCUCUGGAGCCCCGGAGCCCGAGGAGGAGGAGGAGGAGGAGGAGGGAACUGGAGGGGCUGCUUUUGCAGGUGGCUAGGCAUUGCUUCCUUCAGUGUCCCGGAGAAACUUGAUUGUACCAACCUACCUCUGAAUGGCCGCCAGAAAGACUUGUGUAAGAAGAAACCCUAUCUCCUGCCCACUAUCCAGGAAGGAGCCCGCCUGGGCAUUCAGGAAUGCCAGAGCCAGUUCAAACAUGAGCGAUGGAACUGCCUACUCUCUACAGAGACAACUGCUUCUCUUUCCACCAACCCUUCGGCCAUCACUGGAGCACCUCCUUUCUCCAUCUUUGGCUAUGAGCUGAGCAGUGGCACCAAAGAAACUGCAUUUAUCCACGCAGUGACGGCAGCUGGCCUUGUGCACUCAGUUACUCACUCAUGCAGUGCAGGGAAUAUAACUGAAUGUUCCUGUGACACCAAGCUGCAGAGUGGCGGCUCAGCCAAUGAGGGAUGGUACUGGGGUAGCUGCUCAGAUGACAUCCAAUAUGGCAUGUGGUUGAGCAGGAAGUUCUUAGAUGGUCCUACUGAAAACAUCACUGGAAGAGGUGGGCGUGGACUGAUAGCUAUGAACUUGCACAAUAACGAAGCGGGAAGACUGGCUGUAGCAAAACUGAUGUCAGUGGAUUGCCGUUGUCAUGGAGUAUCUGGCUCAUGUGCCCUGAAAACUUGCUGGAAAACAAUGUCAUCCUUUACAAAGGUUGGCAGUUUUCUAAAAGAGAAGUAUGAAAACAGCAUCCAGAUUUCAGACAGAGUGAAAAAAAAGAUACGCAGGAAAGACAAAAGCCAGCGGAAGAUACCUAUCCACAAAGAGGACUUGCUGUAUGUCAACAGGUCACCCAACUACUGCGUAGAAGACAGCAAACUGGGAGUUCCUGGGACACGAGGCAGGAUAUGCAAUCGUACUUCAGAAGGACCAGAUGGUUGCAAUCUCCUCUGCUGUGGCCGUGGAUACAAUACUCAUGUUGUCAGGCAUGUGGAGAGAUGCGACUGCAAGUUUGUAUGGUGUUGCUAUGUCCGCUGCCAAAGAUGUGAGACCAUGACUGAUGUUCACACUUGCAAAUGAAACAUUCUGCCGCAAACAUAAAUGGCAAAACAACCUCUAUAGUACUGUUCCUAGGAGUACGCUAGGGAAUGUCUCAAGACAAAGAAUUAUCCAGGCUCACAAAGUUUCAGUUCCUAUUGAAAAGGGCAACUUGGGAAAAGUAGCUGUCUUGCUCACAAGUGGAGAUCUGGAUUACCUGAAGACAUGGCAUCUUUAAAUAACUCUGUCCAUCUUGGCUGUGGGUAUUCAGUAUUUUGAUCAGUUUCCUUAAGCAACAUAGUGACAGAUGAAAACUGGACAGGCUUCAUUCCAAUGUUCAGAAGUAGAAAUGAUGCCCCACAUGAAAUAUUUUGUUCUUAUAUAUUUAGAAGACUCAGUUGAGGAAGCAGAAUGCUGUCAGUGGGCCUACAGCCAUUUGCUCAGCAGCUGGAAUUUGAAGAAAAAUCUAAGAUGCUCAGUGGCACAUAUAGGCCAUGGUUAAAGGAGGAGAGGUUUAAACAAUUUGAAGGGAUAUUCCUAUGGUGGCUUCAGAACUCAGCUAAACUAGUUGUGUUGGAAUACAGUAUAUAGAAAUUAAAGCAAAUGCAGAGGUGAGCAAAGUAUGGUUCUCCAAAUAUUGAACUGCAGCUUCCAGAAGCCCUAGCCAACCUUAGACAGUAGUUUGAAGACUGGAUAUUGGAAGUCCCAACAUUUGAAGAGCUAAACUUUGGGUCCAUUUGGUGUAUCAUUUUGUAGUGGUUUUCUUCCACACAUCUCUGUUUGACUGUUCUCCAAAUGUUCACUUAGAACAGGGGUGGAAAUAUUUGGCCCUUCAGAUACUUUGGCCUAUACCUUCAUGACAGAAUAUCCACUGGUAAGAAAAUGUGGGAGCUAACAAUGGACACAUAUUUGGAAGACAAAAUAUUCCCAAUUUCUCAUUUAGGACAAAGAUGAAGAUGAAAGAGUAUGCUGUAAUAUUUUUCAGGGCAAUAAUCACCCAAGACAAACUUUUCCCCCUUGGAUGUGUUUUUAAAUGUCUUAUUAUUCCUUUUUAAAAGAAAACACAAACAUGCUAUUGCUAAUAUUCCCUCCCAGUUAUCUAUGCAAGAUAGCUGUUGCUACUGUGAUUUGCAUGGCAUAGCUGCAGAGCUACCCACUUUGAUCCUUCAGUGUGCUAGAUGAAAUGUAUACAAGAAAAAUACUGACCUUUUGCCCUUUGAAGAUUGAAGAUGGGGGUAGAAAUUGGGUGGGUCUCCAAACAUUGUUGGUCCUAGGCAGCAUUCACAGCGGUGAGAAACACUGGGAGCAGCAUUCCAACAGCAUCGGACAAGCUACAUAAUUAACACCCCUAAAAUGUAUUUAUUCUGAGCAGGUUAAUUGAAAAUGUUAGUUUACAUCUGUACUGGGAAAUGGUUUUUCAGAUAUUGUAGGACAUUAACUUCUAUCAGGCCUAGGCAGCAUAGCCAAAGAUGAGCAAUAUGGCAGGAGGGGUAUUGUUCAGUAAUUUCUGGUAAACCACAUAUUCUCCAACCCUCUCCUUUUUUAAUGGUUUCAUUUUACUAACAGUAGGGUAGUAUGGACAAUUAUGGUAAUAAUCUGUACAAAAACUGCUCUGCAUGGUCAAAUUGUAGCUUAGUUUAUCUACAUUAUUCAUAUAUUUAGCAGAAACCAAAGUUCUAAAUUAAGGUUCAAAAAUCAGUUCUGAACUUGCAAAGCCAAUCACAGCCAUUUUUGUUAAAAAUUAAACUGUAUUUCAAAGGUCCUUAAACUCUAAUCCUGUGCCCAUAGUUGCCUUACAAUAAGUCCCCCUGAAUUUAGUGAAGUUGGGCUUCUGAGUAGAUGCAAAUUUGCAGUUAGUUUUUAUUUAAAUGCAAUAUUUAGGGGAAUUAUCUAAAUGGAAUAAGAAUCAAACAGCUGUCCAGAUGUUGGACUGCAAUUUGCAGCUUUCUUCAGCCAAAGAUAAAAUUUACUCAUUAUAGAUGAGGACAAUUGUCUACAGUCCAAAGAGCCCAUUUGUGGACAAGAAGGAUUCUGCUGAAUAUAGAAGGAACAUACAGUUCCUCUUUAGUUGGCGGCAGCAGCAGAGCAUGAGCUGCUUGAAAGCGACUUUUUAAAAAGUGGUUUGAGGCACCAUGUGGUUGAGCUUUUAUUUUUGUUUGCCCAGAAACAACAGAAAAACCUGGCAGGCUUAGAUCUGUUUUGUUGGAGCAGGACCUUGUGGUUGUCCAGAGAUUGUUGAGUGCCUUCUCAAGGCUUGCAUUGCUGUCUCUGCCCAUGCAAGAUAUUCUUCCAUCUUCUGUAUCCAGCAGCAGUAAUGGUGGGCUUAUAUACAUACUGUAUGGCUGUUUUGCUGAGUUGUGGCUAUUUCAUGGUAGCAUCCCAUUGCUUUGCACGGAACCAACUUCCAUCUGGUUAUGAUUGUGCCAUAUUGGUGCAUGUGUAUUUCCAUAACAGCUUGGCUUAUAUCUGCUUGUUACAGUUUUGUUGACAUCAGCAUGCUUUAUGGGAAGGAGCUGUGGUGAAAUUAUUAAAGUUUCAGGUUUCAGCUCAAAAACAGAACUUUUAGUAGCUCCAGCAGAGCUAACUUUCCAGCCACUGUUGUACAUAAAACCUCAAAUGCAAUGUGCAUGUGGGCUGGCUGGCUGCAACUGUUGAAAAACAAUAUAUCUGUAAGAGCUAUUGCUUAUGUGGACCACUCCUUUGUCAUUCCUAAGUGUGCACAGACUUCAGCUUUAGCUCUUCACUCCUCUGAGCUAAUGAUUUUACCCAUACCAAAACUAUUGCAGGAUAUUAAAAAAGAAGCUUCUAAAGGUUUUAAAGAAAGCAUCUAUGCCUAAACACAAGACUGUUGUUGUUGAUAAAGCCAAAGGUUUUAUGUUGCAAGUGCUUACGUUGUGCACUUUUCUAUAAAACAUUUUCUCUAUAACAAAAGAAUGGGGCUUGGAUUUCAGUUUGUUUUUUCCAUUCACAAGCGAAGGGGCAAUUUUUGUCCCCUACUCUUAACUAUGUGCCCCAUGCCCAAGGGGUCUUUUAAGACCUGGGAUAGUUGCAGGAUCUGUGGCAGAAAUGGAAGGGUGGGAAAAGAAAGCCUUUUUCUUUUUGUUCAUGAAGGAAAGCCAGAACUUGGUCCUAUCUAGCAAAACAUAUUGGGAAUAAAGAUAAAUGCAUUCAGCUGUUGUUGGAUUUACAGCAAUUUUUGAUCCCUUGUUGUGGCAUUACAUUGCUUUAUGCAGAUGUUUUUCCAUGUCCUUUCAUUUUUAUGAAUAAAAAUUAUUUAUUGUUAUUGUUGUGCAGAAUCUGUUGACAAACUGAAAGCAAACCACAUAACUCUCAUAGGAAAUUGAAAUAGUCUGUGUGAAUGGAAGUGGUUC